AUGGACCCCCAACUGUCUGCCCUCCCGCUGCAGCUGCAUGGCAACAGUUUGGCUAUGAGCUCUGGACAAGUGCCAGAACUGAGCCUUAGAUACAAUGGAGGAGGCGGAGGCCAAGAAACGGAACUUAAUCAGCAAAACAUGACCUCUUCUGCUCCUAUCAUUUCCAGGUUGAAGCCAGGUGAACACUUUGAGAAUCUACCUGAGCCUGUGGGUCACAGCCACGCCAAGGACAAGCCAGAGAACAAGAGCAAGAGCUGCAGUGUGUUCACCAUCUGCCACUCAGGAGUCAUUUUCCCCUGGAUGAAUCCACGGACUACUGACUCUCAACAAUCUGGUAACUCCUGCUUUGUUUAUUAACUUCAUGCAGCCGUAACCACUGGGACUAAUAAAUUGCAACACAAUGUUUAUCGGGAGCUCUGAUGGGGAGAAUCCAAAUCUGGACUUAUUAGUAAGACUUUUUGUUGCAUGAAGACAGCACUUCACUGUCCUCGUUACAAAUUUAUUAUAAGUUAUUCAGUGGUCAGACACCUGCAACAUUUAUUAAGCGUAAAAGCAGGUUAACCAGAUGUGAAGGCUAUUCUGUGCCUUCUAGGUUGAUUAGAUUUGAAUGGGAGUCAUGGUAAGUGAUGCAGCAGCUGCUAAAAACACACAAAUGUCACACUUGUCAGGGUGUUGCUCAUAUCUGUUUUUUUUCCUUCCAGUCCACAUGCAAAUAAAUACUCAAAAAAAGAAAAGUGGUGAUGCAGAGGCCACACAUGAACUCCCUUUAUACAUGUAAAUAAAUAAGUAAUAUCACCAUUUUAUGAUCUAGGGGAGAGUGGGGUAAGUUGAGCCAAAGGGUAAGUUGAGCCACCCCCUGUUACUUGGAAAAGGGAAAAGAAAUUGAUCAUGUGACCAAAUAUUUAGGAGAUGGGCAUCAAUUCAUGGAGUCUGUGAGAGUUAGAAGUACAUGGGUAAAAGGGUUAGACAUUUAUUUCCAAAAAAACAUUUUUCACUCUACAAAGUGAAUUGAGUCUGUCUUAAGUUUUAUUAGAAUUGUGUUCAGACCAAAAAAGGUCAUUUUAAAUUUGUUUUAUACAUCAAUUGUGGUAUCUAUGAGCUACAACAUGAGGUCAAAAACCUAGCAUAAAAGUCCACCAUUUUAGCUUAGAGGGCUAAUAAAGUCAUCAUCGUAGUUUAGGGGUAAGUUGAGCCAGUCAUAUUUACAUCCAAUUUUAUUUAUAUAGAUUCAGAUUGUUGAAAUAUUUUACUUUUUCUUUCCAAAACUACAGCUGUGAAUGUUCUGAAUCACUUAAAGACAUUCUCUUGUUAAAAUGGCUUUUUACAAAACAGCUUUUUUGCAGUUAUAUGUAAUAAUAAUAUAUAGAAUUAUUGUACCAGUUGAAUAAUGUAUAAUAGAUAAAAAUACACAUGAAUGUGAAGAAGUGACUGUUAUUUAGGGAGGGAUAAUAGUCAACUUGCACGGGGUAAGUUGACCAUAGGAGACCACUUUUUUUGGCCCACUAUAUUAUCAAGACAGUUGUGUUUACACUCAUUCUGUUGGUUUGCAGGGAUGUGCACCAUCUUGAAAUAUAUGCAGAUACACUAGUUAGAGACAAAACUAUGACUGACUUGAUGUAAUGAUCCAAAAUAUAAAAAAUGGCUCAUCUUACCCCAUUCUCCCCUAUACACAAUCAUCCAAUAAGCUGAAAAACAUUCACCCUCAUUGGUAAGAAUCUGUUUAUUUGGUGUGAUUUUUAUUCCAUUGCAUCGAACAGAAGGUUUACACAGAGAGAGAAGAAAAUAGGAUGAAAAAGAAGGAGCAAAAAUGUCCUAUUUUCUAUUUGAUACAUUAGAGAUGCUUCUCGUUUCUUGCUUCUAUCACUCCAGACAAGCUAGCAUGCAUACAGGAAGCUCCAGCCUGAUUGAGUGUUGUUAAGCAGUUUCCUCUCUUAGGCCACUGCAGGCCUUAUUAAGUGUCCAUUAACCCUUCAUGUCAUGUUGUUAUCAACAGGGCUCUGAUAUUGCUCAUAUACAUGUCAAAUGGAACCUCUAAUGGUGGUUAUUUCCAGUGCUGCUCCCAAGGUACCUUUUAAGUGACUGAGAUGGGGAUUUGACAGGUCUGCUUCCGCAUGGAGCUGUGAUUAAUGUGGCCUGUCAGGCUUGCCGUAGUGGCGUCAGAUGUUUCCCCCAGACUGUUUCUUCGGGAGGUAACUUUCCCUGAACACAUGACACAGUAGACAGCCGGUCUUAUAGAGUGUCUCAAGCAUGAGUGAAUACACAGGAAGAGCUGAGGGCCCUUCUUUGUCCGUGGGCUGAUUGGUGGAGGAUUAACACUGAGAGGUCUUCUGUGGAGGUCGUAUGAUUCAGGAUAGACUUGUUAGAUAUGUGGCACCCUGCUUUUAACAACCUCUCUUCUUUAUGUGCUUUCCUCUUGCGUAAGUCAGUGGAGACGUGGCAGCAGUGGGUCUAUCAGGACGAGGAAGCGCCAGGAGGGAGAGGACGACGUUCACCAACAGCCAGCUGCUGGAACUGGAGAAGGAGUUCCACUUCAGUCCUUACCUGUGUCGCCCUCGCAGGAUAGAGAUGGCCAACGGGCUGCAGCUCACAGAUCGCCAAGUCAAGAUCUGGUUCCAAAACCGCAGGAUGAGGUACAAGAAGGAGCACAAGUAUACCAAAGAGGGCUGUUUGUCCCAGUUGUCUGCCUGGGAUCCACCCUCCAGCUCAUGUGCAGACGUCUUGAGGUUUCCAGACUCAUGUGUUGUAAGAACUUCCUCCUCUGCAGAGAUGCACUGCAUGGAUUAUGCUCCUGCUUCCUGUUGCAGCGGUCAGUGCUUUCACUCUGCAGAUCUGACCUAUCUGAGCUGUGUAUCUCAAUCUGUUGGUUGGCCAUCCUGUGUGGAUGGAGACAGUCAUCACUAUCCGAGCAUCUCAAACUGGCCCUAG